UUCGCUGCCUCCAUUCGCUGCACUUGGUGCACGUUCAUCUUCCAAGUUUUUUUGUCAGUUCUUAUUUGCAUUCUGUUGCAACAGAUGGGAAACGGAGCCAAAGCCGCACAAAAACGCGAACGAAAUACUGACAAAAAUGCCUCAAAGGGAUCCAAAAGUCAGAUGAAAACAAACGAGGCCGCGAAGAGUAUAGUCUGUACAAUUUGCAAACAGGCUUUUUUUGUCACUACCCGUCAGCCUGCGCUCGAACAGCACUCGCAAGACAGACACAGCAAGGUACUGGCCGAGUGCUUCCCAGAUUUCAAAGCAUGAUUCCUCCCCCUGUAUCCGCGUUAUUUCGUUUGCUUUUGAUCGGUGUCAGUUGUUGGUAGCUGAGGCUGUGCGAGGUAGAAUAGGUCGAGUUCGUCGUCUCAAAUGAAAUCACAUCCAGUCC